UGACGUCACGCCGUCGCCGCUGAGGCAGCAGAAUUAGCCGGUACAUUAGUCAACGUUCAGACGCUUUUAAGACAUAUACACAGAGUUUUACUCUGAACUUACGAUGUCUUGGGUUAAAGCUGUUCCGUCCAGUGGUGAAGACGUGUUCGACGAGAACGGGGAUGAGCUUAAUUUACAAAGUAAAGAGUGGACGUCCAACAUGAAGAAACGCGUCAUGGAUGGGUAUGUGGACGGAGUCGGUGCCGGGGAGGAGGCCUCCCUACAGGUCGGCUUUAACCUGGGCUUUAAAGAAGGAGCAGCUCAGACUGAGGCUGUGGGUCGACUCAAAGGAAUCAUCAGUGCUGUGUGGUGCUGGUGCCAGAUCCAUCAUCCGGAAACGCCCGUCCCAGCCUCUGUGACUGACCUGCUGCAUCAGGUAACACGGCAUGAAGACCAAAUCAUGAACCGCAUCAGGCAAACUUUGGAGAAUCCUCCUCCAAGUGUGAGCGAUGUCUCGGAGAGCAUGGACGAUCUGGAGGUGGAACAGCCAAAUUCAGGGUGCAGUAAAGAGAGUUGCAACAAGCCGGACUGUUGCAGGACUGGACAGAAAAUGGACAUGGAUGGUCCUCAUCAGCCACAACAUCCUUUCUCAGAGUCCAGUGACUGUUCCUCUGGCCAACAUGGAGGUCUAGACCUGCUGCUGCAGCGUUGUAUGGACAUAGUGUCAGAGCUGGGACUGCCACAGGAGCUGAUUGGACACAUACAGGAGCUGAGGAACAUCUAA